UCCGAGCCCCGGCCACGGCCAUGGCCGGCACGGCCUCCUCUCGGCCUCUCCGCGGACAGUCCUUCUACCUGGACCUGCCCAGCGGCCGCAGCGCCCGAGACCUGGCGGAGGCCAUCGGGCGGCUCGGUGGGGUGACUGAAAGCUUCCUCAGCAAAGAAGUCACCUGCGUAGUGUCCAGCAACAGAGAGGCCAAGCGGGGCCAGGCCAGGCCUCGGGAGGAGAAGCAGAGCAGCCCAACUGCAAAAGACACAAAAUCCAUGAGCUCUGUGCCUGCUGCCCCCCGAGGGAACCCAGCCAGACCUCGCCAGAAGCCACCAUACACUGCGCUGCUGAGCCGGGGGAAGGAGCUGCUGCACAAGGCCAUGAAGAACCAGGACACCUGCAGUGGCAGCAGCAUCCUCGCCAACGCUCGCCUGUGGGGAGUCCAGAUCCUGCAUGUGGAUGAAAUGUUGUCCUAUGCCCAGCAGCUGCUGCGAGCCAUCUCAGGAGCAAGGAAGCAGUGCCAGAAGACAGAGGUGAAAAGCCCUGCAUCCAGAUCCAAAAUUCACAAAGGAAAAUUGAAGCCCCCUUUUCUGAAAGUUGAAGACCACAGCAGGCAAUUUCGGCCCUUCCAUCACCAGUUCCAAAGCUUUCCUGACCUCAACUUCCUGGCACCCAAAAGCUGCAGCCCUUUUGAGCCUCUGAAAAGCCUCUCCAAUUCCUGCCAAGCCAGGGGUGCUGAGGGCUGUGCCCUGCACAGCGCCGGGGGGAAGAGCCCCCGCUCCACACCCGUCACCGUGCCCAGGAAAAGGAGGGGGUUUUGUGAGUGCUGCCAAGAGACCUUUGAAGAGCUGCAGAAGCAUCUCCAGAGCCCCCAGCACCAGCGGUUUGCCCAGGACAACUCCCAGUACAUCCCUGUGGAUCGUGUCAUCUCCCAGCUCACCAACAGCUUUGUGGAGUGGUCAGCUGAGGUGCCCUGGGCCUGCCUGGCAGAUGAACAUGCAGUGCCUCAAGCACACGGCACUGGAGGAAUCAAGCUGCUGCCAACAGAGCUGGGAAAGGAAGUGGAGCAGCCUGAGCAGGGUGCUGUGGAACUCAUAAUGGAUGCAGAGCUGGAUCAUGGCCUGAAGACCACAGGACAUUCCCCCUGCCUGCCCAGGGACAGGGUCAGAGAUCCCAGAGGAGGGGGGAGCUUGUCCAAGCACAGCUCCCUGCGGCUGCCCGGGGGAGCAGGGCUCAGCAGAGGGGUCUGUGCUGCCCAUGGCACCAUGGCUGAGGCUGGGCUGGGGGCUUCAGGUUUGGGCUUGGCUCCUGAGCUGGGCCGGGGGCCCUGUGCAGCACCCAAUCCUGUCAGAGAGGCAGUGCCUUCUUCAUCUGAACCUCAUGCGCAGCCUGGGUUAGUCAGCCACCCUCCCCAAGCACAGCCUGCCUCCAGAAAGCGCCAGCUGUGCUCCACACAGAGCUUCCAGGUGGGAAAGAGGCCCAGGCUGGAGCUGGGUUUUGGCCUCUCCCCUCAGGGUGAGCAGACGGAGCCCGUGGGUGGAGGGAUGGGGGCACAGGGUGCAGGGCAGGUGUCUGAGCCAGGCCUGCCCGGUGUGGUGGGGGCUGGCAGCCUGCCCCUGGGCACAGAGCUCUCCAGCAGACAUCACAGCUGCCUUGCUCUGGAUCUGUGCCUGUGUGAGAGCCCUGGGGACCCAGGAUCCCAGCCAGGAUCCCUGGGAGCUGCGGGUUUCGAUCCCGGGCAGGCGGCUGCUCCAAGCGAGCAUGGCUGGGGCACAGAGAGACCCCAAGGGAAGCAGCAUGGAGGGGACAGUGACAACACACCCAGGAAUGGGAACAGGCCUGGUCUGGAGAGCACAGCGAGCAGGACCAGCUGCCCUGCUGGCUGCCUGCCCUCUCCCACACUGCCCGUGGCUGAAGGCAGAUGUUGCUGCUCACUCCGUGUCAGGGCAGCAGAAGAAACAGCCCCUGGAGCUCCCCAGGUGCCCAGGCAGGGCACAGAGCGGGCGCAGAGCCCCGACCUCCUGCCACCUGCUCCCCAGCGCCCAGAGCCUGCCCACGGCUUCAGCAGGAGCUGCUCCGAGUCAGACUGGGAGGUGCAGCUGCUCCCCAGGCUCAGGGGUGUCCAGGGCUGCGGGAUUCCGGCUGUGGACAAGGACUUGCUCCAGCAGCCACGCGUCAGGGUGAGGGACAGCGGGUACGGGUCUCAGCUCUGCUCGGUGCUGAAGGAGUCGGAGCCGGCCUGGGCAGGCCAGGAGGACAAGAACUGCAGGAGCUGCUGCUCAGAGACCAGAGCAGCCUCUUUCCCCAUAUUUGGGACAUUGUUUGGCAGCUAAAACCAGCUCCAGGCUGCUCUCUGGACCCUCGGUGGGAGCUGAGAUGGGGCUGGGAAGGGAUUUAUCGAUGUUCCCUCUGUGUCAGGACCGGGAGCCACAUGCAGGAGUGAGCACAGCUCUGGCAGCCUGGGCAGCUCUCCUGCUGGGAAUUGAUGGGGAUGCAGCAGCUUCGCUGUCCUUGGCUGUGAUCUUCCCUCUCUGCUGGCCACGUUUAGAGCCAGCAGCUUCCUCUAAGUCCUCACAGGCUGCUGACACAGUGGUGCCUCUGGAAGUCUCUCCUCAAUGGCAGUGUGCUCUUUGCCCUUCCAGAGGGAGAGCAGAAGCCUGUUCCUCGUCCCACAUGGUCCCCAGAGCUGCAAAGACUUGGGAGAGGAGGGUCACGGGGAUGAGAUUUGUUCUCCUCAUAGUCUGGGAGUUGUCUUUGAGUGUUUUCAUGUGGUUUGGUUUAACUUGUUUGGGGUUUUUUUAGAAACUUUUAAUCUUUGAAAUAAAAUGGAGGGAUGAGA